AUUUGAUAACGAAGCUGGGACGCUCAUUUUAUUAAAGAAAAAAACAAAAACCGGUUUAGUUUUGACCGGUUUACAGUCCGCCGCGAUGCACAUUCUCGACACCGGAGCUCGUUUCUCCGCCGUUAGAUUCUCACCGGUUUUCAGUCCGUCAACUACACCUCCUCGUAGACGACACUUUAUCGUAAGGGCUAAUCUUCCGUUUCCCAAGCAUCAAGCUAAGUAUCACAAAGAGCUCGAAGCCGCCAUUGAUGCUGUUGAUAGAGCUUGUCGCCUCUGUGUCGAUGUCAAGAAAUCGCUUUUCUCUUCUAAAGAGAAGAUUCUUGAGAAGAAUGAUCAAACUCCAGUUACAAUCGCAGAUUUCGGAGUGCAAGCUUUAGUCAGCUUGGAGCUUUCGAAACUGUUUCCUUCAAUACCUUUGGUGGCUGAAGAAGACUCUCUCUUCUUACGUGAAAAUAACCUCGUUGGUUCUGUGGUAAGUGAAGUCAACGCAAAAGCUAGCAUUGGAGACAAUCAAUUGUCUGAUGCUGAUGUACUAGAAGCCAUCGACAGAGGCGGAAAAGAUGCUUAUACGUCUAUUGAUGUUUUGCAGGUUUUGGACCCAAUAGAUGGCACAAGGGGGUUCCUUAAAGGAGAUGAUGCUUUAUAUGUGGUAGGAUUGGCCCUUGUUGUAGAUAAUGAGAUUGUGCUAGGGGUCAUGGGCUGUCCCAACUGGCCUGGAGACUCUUCAGAUGGAUCCACUGGGACCUUAAUGCUCUCUCAUAUUGGCUGUGGAACAUGGACCAAGAGUUUACAAGCAUCCGGUGAUUGGACUAGGCGUUUUGUCGAUGCUUGUGGUUUAGUGAACAAAGCUCGGUUUUGUAUUCAAGAGAGCCAAUCCUGGGAAUCACUUCCACUCUCUGCUUCGUUCAACGCAACAACAGAUUCGAAUGACAUACAUAGUGACGAGAUUCUUCUCUUGCCUACAUGUUGUGGAAGUUUGUGCAAGUAUUUGAUGGUAGCUUCUGGUAGAGCAUCGGUAUUCCUUCUCCGAAUCAGAACUCAACGAACGAUAAAGUCUUGGGAUCAUGCUGUUGGGAUCAUAUGCGUUAAUGAAGCCGGAGGAAAGGUAACAGAUUGGGAAGGAGAUGAAAUCAAUCUGGAGGAAGAUCAAUCAGAAAGGAGGAUCAUUUUUCCGGCGGGUGGUGUUGUUGUUAGCAACGGAAGUUUACAUCAUCAGAUUCUUGAGAUGAUCUCUUCUGCUUCUCCAACUCUU